UUCAUUGUUGCCUGGUGCGAUUAAAUUGGUGUUUAUGUAUGGAAAAUGUGUUUGUGUUUAUUAAUAAUACAAUGAAGUUUUUUUGCAAUUUGAUUUUUAAUUUUGUGUGUGGGUGUAUUUUGUGCCUGAAAAUGAGACUCUUCCACAUAAAAGGCGUUUAAUAGUUCCAAAAUGAAUAUUAUGAGGAAAUUAAGGGGUGGAGGCACAAGCAGCUCCAUCCCAUCUACUUCAAAUAAUGAUUAUUUGGAGCAGCCCAGCUCUCCAAGGACACAACUUGGACUGAUGCACCUUAAAAAACUGUUUUCUGAAUACAGCCAUCCAUCACAUUCAUUAACAGAAGCAGAAAAAAAUGAUAAACUAUAUAACAUGUUGCCCCUAUUUUGUAAGGUUUUUGGUUCAAGUCCCACUUGUGAUAUGAGUGAAAAAUUUUGGGAUAUCUUAACAUUCUGUCAUGCUGUAUCCACACUAAUGGUAUCUGAAAUACGUAACAGAGCAUCCAAUCAGGGCACUGAAGCAGCCAGUUGUUCAAUUGCAAAGUUUUUAGAGAUUGAAAAUAGCGAAGAAUCAAGUAAUGGCUGGAUGUUGUUAUCAACAUUAAAUUUAUUGGCAGCUGGAGAUUCAAAUCUUAUCCAAGUGAUGUCUGAAGUAUCAGUACCGUCAACUCUAGUAAGAUGUUUAUAUUUAUUUUUUGAUUUGCCUGAAGUGAGCGAAGAAACAGCCAACACAAAGGACAAUAACAGUGAUUUCACCCCAAGGGAAAGAAGAAUACUAUUACAAAAAAUAUUUGUCCAGUUACUUGUUCGAUUAUGUAGCCAUCGGAUUCCAGCUGAAGAACUGGCUAGAAAGGACGAUUUGACGCUGCUUUUUUCAGCCAUCACGUCGUGGUGCCCGCCCCAUAACAUUAUGUGGCGAAAAAGUGCCGCGGAAGUACUUAUGACAUUAUCUAAACAUGGAUUAACACCACCUGUUAUAGGAUACAUUCAUACCAAAAGCUGCAUCGCCCUCUGCAUAGAAAAUAUGCAACGUGUACCAGAACUGACACCCUUAGAACUCGUAGAAAUAUUCGUUACAAUUUUUUGUUUUCUUGAAGACUCAAGCGAUCUUUGUUCUACAUUAUUAGAGGACUUUCGCCAGGCGCAGGGAUAUCUUUUCUUAUCUGAUUUUCUAUUAAAAUUAGAAAAUGAUAAAUCCAAUGAGGCCCAAGAAGCUGUGAGAAAUUUAAUUUUGAUGAUCACCUCGUUAUGCACUUAUGGUUUUAUGGAACUGAAACCUUCACAUGCAUCAACGGGAUCUUUGUUCCAAAUGAAGGGGUUCAUGUUGCCCCAACCCUCAGGAAAAGGAACCAGUGUCCGAAAUAUUCAGGCAUUUAACGUCUUGCAGACAACAUUUUUGAAGUCAAACUCUUCAUUCCUCUGUCUCACAAUACUUGAUGCCAUUUCGAGUAUAUACCACGCUGAUAACGCCAAUUACUUCAUUCUUGAGAGUCAGAACACUUUGAGUCAAUUUGCUGACCGUAUCCAUCAUAAGCCCCUCGACAUUCAACGAAAACUAUUUGAACUCGUUGAAUUUCUUGUAUUUCAGUUGAAUUUCGUACCAUGUAAAGAACUAAUUUCCAUGUCUAUCUUUCUACGCACGCACAGCCUCAAUUAUCCCGAAUCGAGCUCUCUGUGUAUGCACACAUUACUAAACAUUUUAAAGAGCAAUCCUAUUUUUAAAGAUGUAUAUCGUGAAGUGGGUCUGCUCGAAGUGUUCGUCACAUGCCUAGAUCGAUACUCAAAAAUGCUCGAAAAUACUCGUAAAACGACAGUAGAACCUGAAAAGAAUAUUGUGGUAAUGGAUUCAGAACAGGAAAGGUUAGGUAGAAUGGUAAUGGAGGCAUUGACUGUACUUCUAGCUGGGAAUGCGGCCAAUGCCAAGCUGUUGAGGGAAUGCGGAGGCGCCAAAUGUGUACAUAAGCUAGUGGUAUUUCCGGAGUGUCGGCAGGAAGCUUUGGGGAUGAUUAGAGAAUUAAUACUAACAAGUGGAGGUGAUGAUGAUAUGUCACAACUUAUGACAACAUUACAUUCCUCUUCAAGAGACGAACUCUCUUUGAAAAUUGAAAUUCUCAAAGCUUUGCUCUCAUGUCUCAAAGAAUCUCACAGAUCACGCACAGUUUUUAGAAAGAUUAACGGUUUUGUGUACGUAACAAGUACAUUGCUUGCCUUGGAGGGCAAAUUGUGCAUUAAACAUAAAGAUGAUUAUGAUUCCAACCUGUUGCAUUUACUCUACGUCGUUUUCCACACAAUUAAUACAGCCAUGCGUUUCGAGCCAGCCAAUGCGAAAUUCUUCCAUCAUGAGAUCUGCAUGACCAGUCUCUGCGACACCCUUAGACUUCUAGGCUGUUUUGUCGGAGAGAAAAUAGAAGUCAUAACCGAUAUUUCGAGUAUUGGAGAAAUAAUCGAUAGCGAAACACCUGAAUGUUUUCACCGACUAUUUACAAGCAACAUCAUCAAACCGGAAUUUCCAGAUGAUAUACCUGCAGCUCUAUCUUAUGUAAUCAUAGUAUAUAGAUUGUUAUAUGAAGUAACAUUGGACUUGUUUGAUAAACAGAAUAUCUCUGCUGCUGGUGUUUUAAACGUAAAAUCUCCAUUUUUGAACAGACAGAUAUCUAACGGGCAUGCUAACAAGGAAGAAAAGAACAGUGGAUCGGGUAACAGGUCUGCUGUUAAUUCAUUAAACCUUAUUCCACCAUCUCCAGAUCCAAUGGUGGUACAUCCAGGGAUCGUGAUAGUCAUGUUAAAGCUGCUACCAAGUAUUCACGACGAAAAUAAAAAUUUGUUCCUUCAGGUGCAAGUCUACCUGGCCGAAAUAAUAAAAUCACUUGUACGUAGCGAACGUAAUCAGCAAGUGAUGUGUGAAAGUGGUUUCAUGAGUCACUUGUUGCACGUUGGUUGUGAAGCGUUGCAGAAUGAAAGUCAUCCCCUGCAUACCCCUUUACAAUAUAUGCUCGAGCGUCUGGCUGCACAAGCGCUCGAACCAAUGGAUUUGAGGCGUUUCCUGCGCCUUGGCAACCCUCUUAGGUGUCUUCCGUUAACUACGACCGAACCUGGUGGAGGUCCUAUUCCCUUAACCCGCAUCAAAACGUUGGUAUCCGUCACUACUCCAAAGGACUUUAGAUCACAAUCAUCGUAUACAAUGCCACCCUUUAUCGAAUUCGACAUGUCUGCCGAAGGCUUCGGGUGCCUAUACUUGCCAAGUAUAGCUCCCCAAUCGCCCACUGCGACCAGCGUUGUGUCAGGGUUCGAUUCAGGAGUAGUUGGAGGAAUUGGUUCUGGUGAUCGAAUUUUUCCACCGCAAACGGGUCUUAGUUAUUCAACAUGGAUCUGUGUAGACAAAUUUUCUGAUCCACGGGUCGAUCCCCAUUGUGUACGUUUACUAACAUUAGUGAGAAAUUUAAACAACACCAAAGAAGAUCAACUUGUGUGCCUUUCUAUUGUACUGUCAGCAAGGGACAAGGCAAUCAUUGUUUCAACCCAAGAAACGCAUAUACCUCCCCACGUUGGUGAGUGGGAACCUGAAGGUUCUGGUGAACACGGUGCAAGGAUAUGGUGUCCUGAUAUUCUCCAGGAAGGUCAGUGGCAUCACGUGGUCGUGGUACUUAACAGAGCUGUCUUGAAGAACUCUUCGUUCUCCUUAUACCUUGAUGGGCAGCAUAUGCACACGCAGAAAUUGCACUACAUAUCGCAAAAUCCUGGGGGCGGUGCUGCCAAUCUAACAAUGGCCUCUUCGGUAUACGGAUUUAUAGGAACUCCGCCUGCUUGGAGACGAUUCUCAAGACUGUUAUGGAAACAAGGACCCUGCCAUUUAAUGGAAGAGGUAUUACAGCCAACGACAGUAAGUCAAAUAUACCAGUUGGGACCUCACUAUAUGGGCUCGCUCCAGGCGCCGCCGUUAGGUUCAUCAGAGCCAAUUCAACCAUUUAUCACUGAAGAAAAGAUAAUGUUCGGUUUAAAUGCCAAAGCAGUGUCUCAACUGACUUUAAGCAAGAUAAGAAAAGUGUACAGUAGAAAUGAUAACAAGUCCAUAGCAAAACAACUAGGCAUGUCUAGCCACGAAAACGCCACCCCUAUCAAAAUCCUGCAUAAUUCUGCAGGCCAUCUGGCAGGUCCGAGUCGUACUUUAGGGGGAGUGGUCAUUGGGUAUUUGGGUGUAAGAACGUUCACACCAAGGCCAGUUGCAAACGUGGUUGACACAGUCGGUGGUUGUUCAGUUCUUUUGGGUCUCAUUGCGAUGGCACAGGACAUCGAGAGUCUUUACGCGGCCGUCAAAGCAUUAGUUUGCGUGGUUCGAACUAAUAAAACAAUUCAAGCGGAAAUGGACCGAAAAAGGGCCUAUCAGACGUUGGCAAUGCUGCUACGACGAAAGAAACAUCUUCUAAAUUCCCACAUAUUACAUUUAACGUUAAGCUUAGUUGGAACGGUGGACAGUGGUAGAGAAACGUCAACUAUACCCAAUUUGACUGCGUUUCAGGAUCUGCUGUGCGACUUCGAAAUUUGGCAUGAAGCUCCCGGUGAACUUUUACGAUCCCAUCUUGAACACUUAUACGAAUUGGCUGCUGAAUCGAACGAGAAGCGCAGUAAUGUGUGGAUAAUGCGCGACCUCAAUCUUGUCACGAAACUCCUUCACAUUCUCCCCGGGGUAAAACAUCAGGCCACUAAAGACAUCUUAUUUUCCCUCCUUUCUAUUCUUUUAAGCGGUCAACCUAAACAGGCCGAUUUGCUAUGGUUUGGGCAAUUUAUUGCCUCAACUUUGCCAAGCACCACCGCCACCACCAAUAAUGCGACAACUUCGUCCGUGGUUAAUGAAGAGGAGGGCGAUGGCGGUGAUUAUGUAUUGAGGAAUAGGUGUUUGGCUUUGGUUCAUUCGAUGCUGUUCACAAAUAGAAAUUCUCUGAGUGUGAUGGUCUGCGAUGAGAUAACCAAAACUCUGGGGUUUGAUUGGUUGCUUCUUUUCUUGCAGCCUCAAUUACAUUCUGCGACAAUCAUUUGGGCAAUGCAAAUUCUUGUGGUGCUGUGUUCAACUCUUUGGUUGAUGAGCCGUUUUCGUGAAGGUGCUAAUAACGGCGGCUGGUUAUAUCGUACCGAGAUGGUCACGAACAACAACAAAAUGAAAUUCGUUUUAGGUGUUCCUUCCGUCAAUUCGCAAAGUUUCGAGUCAAAAUGUGACGCCCUCCAUCUCCCCGGUUUUCAGUUGUUGGGCUGGCUGCUACCGUCGCACCUCGACGUGCCUGAAAUAUAUUAUUUGUUAGCCGCUCUGGUCAUGGGACAGCCGGUGAAGACUUUGCCCUCAAAUCCUAAGAAGUUCGAUCUGGACUCGUUAUGGACAUAUUUGUGGGGCACCACCGUUAAUAAUCAGCCUGUUAGUAGCGUGGCCCCCAGAAUUAAUUUGUGUCCUGAAGCCAUCGUCAUACUGUUGAAGAUGGUACGAGCGACAUUACAUUCAGAUCAGAGCAAGUUGCCAGAAUGGUUAAAAGAACAUCCGGAUUCCAUAAUCAACGUUCUAUUUUCUUUAUACCAUAACAUGCCAGACUUUAUGCCCAUAUUUAUGUCUGCUGAAGUCUUAGGAGCGUUGGGCGCUGUCCUGUUCCCAUUUCCUCAAGGCAACUUAUCUAUGCAAGAUAGCGCAGAUAGCAGUGGUGCUUCUACUCCAGCAGGUGAAGAAAAUACUGAAUCGAUAAUGUUCAUCCCAAAAUCUCCUAUCGAAGAUGCUCCCCUUCUUUCGCAUCCCGUCUAUCAACUGGUAGUAAACUUUAUUCGGGUGGUUGUUGUGGAUUCGCUAAGUUUAUCGUUCACUGGUAAAGGAUCGCCGGUGAUAGACCUGGUUUUGGACGCUUAUCCUGAAGAUUCUUCCAUUUAUCAGCAAACCGCAUAUCAAACGGAGAUUUUAGUGACAUUAAUGGACCAUUUGUUGGCUGCGGACAUGUUGGUAGGUGAUCAGGCGGCCAUUCCUAUCGUGCCGUUAGCUAAUGCGCAUGUACAACAUAUUGCACCAAACGUGUUUUAUUUAACAGCAAGAGUUGUGGACAAGAUGUGGCAAGGAUCGUUAAAUCGUAACCCACACGAAGUAUUCGACUUCAUCGUAAAAUUGAUUGGACAAGCAAAGCGUAGACCCGGUCAUUUCUCCCUAGAAAGUCUUUAUCAUUGUCUCAACCGGACAAUAUUGUUUCUUCUCUCACGACCAACCGAUUCGAUAGCCGACCAAAUGUCCGUAUUAGAAGCUUUGCACAAAUUAACAAUGAAUCGCCUAAUCGUAUUUGGGGCCGGUAAUCACGAGCUCGAAUUUAUCGGCUGUCUCACAUAUUGUCUCCUUCAGCUUACGAGUAAUAUGAAGAUCUUGCUUGAUUCAAAUAUGCGCACAACGUGGCACGUUAAUCCAUCAAUUGACUUGGAAUCUAGCGACGAAAAGCUGACGCAACACCAGGGACAUAACCUCAUAGCUGGGGCUGCUUGUCGCGUCUGGGAAGAACUGUAUGUGUGCAAGAAACCGGCCAUUGAAGAGGCUUUUAAAGUCACCCUCGUGCAUCCGGGUCAGAACUGUAAGGCGCCUGACUUGAUACUUGUCAGAGAGCAAGUGUACGAGGCCGCAUACAAACUCUGGCUGAAUUAUGUCGAGUCAGAAAGAAAAGCGACGUAUAGGGUGCCAUGGGAACUUCAUAAUCAGAUACAGUCAAAGAUUCAUAAGGUCACCGGAGGGCUAACAAGACUUGCGAGUCGUACUAAAGUCCGAAAAGAUGAAACUAUGCGGGUAAAGGUCAGGAUGCACAAGAAACAGGCUUUACAAUGGAUGACCAAUCGUAUAAAUAUUGUUAAGUCUUUGGUUGAAAUGAUUCGCAAUCAACAUCAGAACACCACACAACAUACGCAACAGUACGUUCAUCAAGAAUGGUUGCAAACGGAGGCUGAGCUUACACGUGAAAGAGGUCUUUGGGGGCCGUUAGAGCCAAGCUAUUUGGAUAAAUGGAUGCUUGAUAUGACUGAGGGGCCCCACCGUAUGCGCAAAAAGACGAUGAAAAACGAUUUGUUCUACUUACAUUAUCCUUACAGACCAGAAGCAGAGAAAGGUUUACUAAAGUAUAAGGUUGCCACAAGUCACCAUAGUAAAGAUUACUAUAACGCUCUACAAAGAAACCAACAGCAACAAACGGACACAGAGGUAAUCGAAGAACAGCAAGAAAGAAAGGAAGAAACGAUAACAAGUGAAGAGCCUUCGUUAAUGCUCCCUUCUUUGACACGGUUGAAAUCGGAACCGGAUGAUCCUGCAGAUGAAAACGAGACUGAAGAAGAACACGCUUUGCCACCUGACAAUCAAACACUUUUAAGACUAUUACAAGAAAAUGAAAAGAUAACAUUCAUGUUCAGAUGUGUACGCAUACAAGGUUUAGACACGACAGAAGGGCUGUUAUUAUUUGGUCAAGAGCACUGUUACGUUGUUGACGGAUUUACUCUGCUGAAAAAUCGAGAAAUUCGAGAUAUAGACAGUGUGACAACGGAGGAGUAUGAACCUAUAGCCCCUAACCCAGGAUCUCCCAGACGAUCAAGAGCCAUGAGGCAGUGUUCCAAAUUCUCUUACGACGACAUAAGGGAAGUUCAUAAAAGAAGGUAUCUCCUGCAGCCAAUGGCGUUGGAAAUAUUUUCAGGAGAUGGUCGUAAUUAUCUGUUGGCAUUUCCACGUAAAGUUCGUAAUAAAGUUUAUCAACGGUUCAUGGCUACUGCCACAGGGAUCGCCGACAGUGCGCAGCAGUCCGUUGCCGGACAAAAGAAAACAGCCAAUGUAGAACAAACCACUGGGUUGUUAUCCUUCAUUGGAGAAACCACUGUUACACAACGUUGGGUGAGAGGGGAAAUUUCAAAUUUCCAGUAUCUGAUGUACCUCAACACGCUGGCUGGACGUUCAUACAACGACUUGAUGCAGUAUCCUGUUUUCCCGUGGAUUUUGGCCGAUUACGAUUCUGAAGAACUGGACAUGGCUGACCCAUCUACCUUUAGGGACUUCACGCGUCCCAUGGGUGCUCAAAGUCCGGAAAGGUUGGAACAAUUUAAAAAAAGAUUCAAGGAAUGGGACGAUCCGCAUGGAGAAACGCCCCCUUAUCAUUAUGGAACUCACUAUUCAAGUGCAAUGAUUGUGAGUUCAUAUUUAGUUAGAUUGGAGCCAUUUACACAACACUUCCUUCGAUUGCAAGGAGGCCACUUUGAUUUAGCUGAUCGUAUGUUUCACAGUGUAAAAGAAGCAUGGCUGUCUGCCUCAAAACAUAAUAUGGCAGACGUUAAGGAACUUAUUCCCGAAUUUUUUUAUCUUCCAGAGUUUCUCAACAAUUCAAAUCAGUUUGAUUUGGGUGUAAAACAAAGUGGUGUAGCACUAGGUGAUGUAAUACUACCUCCCUGGGCUAAACAAGACCCUAGGGAAUUUAUUAGAGUUCACAGGAUGGCGUUAGAAUGCGAUUACGUGUCACAGAAUUUGAAUCAUUGGAUUGACAUGAUCUUUGGGUGCAAACAACAGGGUCAGGCUGCUGUUGACGCUGUAAACGUCUUCCACCACUUGUUCUACGAAGGGAACGUGGACAUCGAUAAUAUUGACGAUCCGUUAAAAAAGAACGCGACAAUCGGUUUUAUAAACAACUUUGGACAAAUACCAAAGCAACUUUUCAAGAAACCGCAUCCUUGCAAAAAAAUGGGCGGUAACAAUAACAGAACUUCAGUCAUAGAUACGGGGUCUCUUGUUCAGGCUUUUGCUCUCCCACCACCAGAAAAAUUGUUCUUUCACCAUCUAGACAACUUACGACCAUCACUACAGCCCAUCAAAGAAGUCAAAAGUCCAGUGGGUCAGAUAUUCCACGUAGACAAGUCAAUUUUGGCAGUCGAACAAAAUAAAGUCCUGGUGCCCCCGACGUAUAAUAAAUACGUGGCUUGGGGAUUUGCCGAUCACUCUCUCCGUAUUGGGAACUACGAAAGUGACAAAGCCAUAUUUGUAUGCGAAACUGUGGUUCAAAUAAGCGGCGAAAUUGUAGCCUGUGUGUGUCCUUCGUCCAAGAUUAUUGUCACUGCUGGAACAAGCACAGUUGUGACUGUAUGGGAAUAUGAAUCUCGUAAAAAAGAGCUGAACAUAAAACACAACUUAUACGCACAUACAGACGCGGUUACUUGUCUCGCUUCUAGUCCUGCAUAUAACGUCAUAGUCUCAGGAUCCCGCGACUACACUGCCAUCGUUUGGGAUCUGUCUCGAGGCUUAUUCGUAAGACAGCUUAGGGGUCACGCAGGUCCUGUAGCCGCUGUAGCUGUCAACGACUUAACAGGUGACAUUGCUACUUGUGCUGCUACGUGGUUGCACAUAUGGAGUAUAAAUGGAGACGAACUCGCUAACGUAAACACAUGCGUAGGACGAGCGGAUCGUAUGCAACAAAUAUUGUGCGUAGCUUUCUCCCAAACACACGAAUGGGAUUCCCAGAAUGUGAUAAUGACGGGAUCUACUGAUGGCGUGGUCAGGAUGUGGUCGAUCGAUUAUGUGCAAGUACCUGACGAAAAGAGUAAUAGCAGUUCCAAAAAUGACCAAAACAUUAAAAAGGCCAAAGAUAAGCCACCUAUGUCACCGGUGAAAAAAGUAAUAUCGUCAACGACGCCUUUACAUAAUCGCCUAGUUAAGCAAUUAAACAUAUCGGGCGACAGCGUGGGGAGCACAGGGAGCAGUGGCAGCAGCUACCUUAUCAAAUCUGGAUCAGAAAGCUCUCUUUCAGAGGAAUCGUCUUUAGUUACAAAAAACACCUCAUUUGAACGACAAAUCACUGACGAAUUGUCCUCAAAAUCAAUGAGUAGCAAAGAAAUAAAAGCGGAAAUGCAAGAAGAAAAAGAAACGUGCAGUGAUGGUGACGAAGCUAUUCUUAGCACUCCACCAGUGCCCCCGGUUAGGCGGCGAUCAAGAGUACAUGGAACUCUUAGGAAAAGUGAAGGAGGAGCUAGCUCAGACAACGCGAGCUUGGAUACAGAUGAUGGAUCCAGUCUUCGUGCCAGUAAGUCAGAUACUAGUCUGACUGACUCGUUUAUAAUUGUGCCCCCAGAACCUAGAAAAAAACCAGUGAAUCCUCAUAAUACAUUGCGGCCAGGAUUCAAGUGGCAGAGGCAGUUGGUCUUUAGAUACAAGCUGACUAUGCACACAGCAUACGAUAGGAAGGAUAAUGCAGAGCCUGCAUCAAUAACUGCUCUCGCGGUUUCACGGGAUCAUCGUACGGUCUAUGUAGGGGAUGCUCGUGGCCGCGUCUUCUCAUGGAGCGUUUGUGAUAUACCAGGUCGCACCGCUGAUCAUUGGCUAAAAGAUGAAGGAGCUGACUUCUGUGCAGCCUGUAGCACACGAUUUACCAUCUACGAAAGAAAACAUCAUUGUCGAAAUUGUGGUCAGGUUUUCUGCUCCAAGUGUAGUCGCUUCGAGAGUGAAAUUUCUCGCUUACGAAUCUUCAAACCAGUUCGUGUCUGUCAGAGUUGCUACGCUGUACUGAAAUCGGCUUCUUCAGAAAACGCAUCAGGAUUAGGACUUGGACGAUAAAGGAAUUGCAGCAAUAGGUAGGAGCAGUAUUGGUUCUUGUAUUUUUAAUUAAUUUUUAGCCUCAAAAAAAUGGGGAUUAUUUCUUCUAUCUGUCGAGUAAGAUAUUUAGAAAAGGUCUCGAUAUUCUCAUUGGUUGGUUUGAUAAUCAUGCUAUCAAAAUUGAAAUUUUGCAUUUCUAGUUUUCAAAUUUAAAACCAGCUUCAAGAAGUUUUAAUUUUGAAAAUUAAAUUAAAUUCACUUGCCAAUUAAGUAGCAUUUUUUUUAUUUAUCUUUAGUUUAUACUAUAAAAAGUGGCUCAGUUUUCAGGUUUUUUACUUAUUGUUUCAUAUUUAAAAUUUUUAUUUCCUUAAUUUAAAUUAUGGUAAUGAAAAUAAAAAAAUUUUAAUUUUUUUUUUAAACUUCUAUUCAUUCAGAUUUUAUAGAACAUAGAACCAAACGAAACGUUUGAAUUGGCAACUGAAUUUUUUGUUUCCUUGCAUAUUAAAUUUUGGUUUAAAAGACUGUGAUUAGUUUAUUUAGUUACUCGUACUUAAGUAUUUCUUCUCAGGAACUUUGGUGUUUUAAGUAGUUAUUAUAUUUAACGUAAUUAUUAUUCAAUCAUUCGCUUUGUUGCCAGUUAAAAUCAGUUUUGUUUACCAUUAUUGUUUUUAAAUAUGGAUUGUCAUAUUUAAUAAUUAAUUUUUGCAGAUCAGUAUUCAAUAAAUAUAAAUUAUAUUGUAAACGACAAUCAGUUACCAGUUCGAUAAAGUAAACGUAUCAAAAUUAAAACAUUACAAUUUUCUCUUUCUAAACGUUUAUUGUCUCAAUUGUCUAAAUCCAAAAUAAUGAAAAUUGUGCUUAUUAUACAUAUACUAUUAAAAAACUUAUUAUCUAUUCAAAACCUUAAAAGUUGCAUAUCGAAUGCCUGACAUAUCAAUUUUGUAUUUUACAGUUAAUUGUAGAUAACUUAUAAACGUAAAAAACAUACGUAACUUAUUUUCUAAUGAUUUUUUUAAACUUAUUAGAAUUAAAAUGUUCCUUAAACACUGAAGUUCCUGAAUAUUUUUUUUAAGCGUGAUAUUAACGUUUCAUACGCAACCGCGAAUGUUAUUUGAGAUGUUUUAAUUUUUGGAGUUGGCAUCGCGUUUUGAUGUCUAUUUUGUUCUCUUUCACACGGAACCUCUUCAGGACUUCCUACGUGUUCUAUGUGUGAUAGGCAACAAACAUUAGCAAUAGACCAGAAGACGCGGUACUUAACUCAUAAACAAAAAUAUCAGGUGGUAUUAAAAUGAUGAUCGUAAGAUACGUAAAACAUUACGCAUAAUAUUGGAAGUUUUUUUGUUUUGUUUUUCUUUUUUUUUUUUGUAAAUUAAAAUACAUAUUUUACAAAUAAAUAAAAGGUAUAUUUAAGAAUUGUGUGUAUCAUAGGAAAUUGUAGAAAUGAAGUUAUCUAUAGUGUGCUUGAAAGAAAAACCCUUCUCUUAAUGUUUUGUAUCUGUUUUGUUGAUAUUUUGUUAUAAUAACUUUUAAGUGUGUUGUUUAUUGUUGAUGUACUUUUUGUAGCACUUUUAUUAUCGGUAGUAGCUGUGCUUUAGUUUAUUCUUCAAAAUUAUUACUUUAUUGGCUUUAGAAAAGUUAAAACUUAAAAAAAAAAUCUUACACCGUAUUGGUACCUAGUAUUUCUACAAAAGGUAAUCUCCUAAGAUAUUUAUUCCAGUAUUCAGGACCAUUUUCAUAUUGUAAACACUAGAAACUGUCAAUUAUAAAUAAACAAACCAUCAGACCUCUUUGUAAAAAUGUUAAAGUAUCACCUUUUUAUUCUUGAAUUUCAUUUUUCAUAUGCCAAGAUUUUAAAACAUUGCAGCAAUAAUGUAGAUUUUAUAUUAAUUGUUAAAUUUGUUUAUAAUUUUUUAAAGUUAUAUUUUCCUUUGAAAUUUAUACCAAAUACUUUUUGUUUGCGAAAGUGAAG